AUGGUGGACGGAACUCGUCAAGGUGCUAUCAAGAAGAAGAAUCAAGGAACUAGUGAUGCUAAUUGUCCUCAUCUGACCGACAAACCAAUCGACGGCUUGGAGAUGAUUGUUCACAAACCAACAAACGGUGUGGAUAACGCCAGUGAAGCUCGUGACGGUGCUGCUUCCGCCAAUUUCGAGUUUGGAAUUAGCUGA